AUGCGUGGUGUUUGUAUGGGAUUAGUGUUUACUGUUACACGUGACUCCCCCUUUGCCAUAACCAGUUGUUUUUUUAUGUAUUCCUCUUUGGCCUCGACGGGGGAAUGGCCUGAUCUGUCGCGUGGCGCCCAGCCAUCACUUGAACCAUUUGCGAAACUCAGAUUGUGGAUCUUUCAGAUCAUCUGUCGUGCCUAUGAACUUGGACGUGAUGGAGCGCGGCGACAUUCGGAGGAGGGAAUGUGCCGUCAACUUGCACCGACGGUGUUGUUCCGGGUAUGCUUGACAGAGAAAGAAAGCGAUGGAGUCAAGGGGACGUAUUCAUCAAGGGAAGAGCUGUUGCGAUGCCCUGAGGCCCUUGUCAAAUUAAUGCAUUCCCCAACAGGGCCAUCAGAUGUUGACGGGAUGAUUUAUGGUGUUGUGAAUUGCGCUUGCCAGUACCUUCAGGACGCGUGUGCUUUCUUGGAAUUGUCAAUGCAAGGAGAGGCCAGAGGUGUCAGUGGUGGUGUUAGUGGCAUGCAUCGAAAGCGAGGAGUUCUCAAUUCUCCGGUGUCGAAUGAUGAGGUCGAUGGUGGUUUUCCGUACUCCUCUUCUAGUGGCGUAGAUGUUUCUGGACGCGCCGAACAUUUUGGGGUUCGUAGGCAUUCAACACCUUCGGAAAACGUAUUACAUUUCCAGUCGGCUCAUGUCCCCGUGUAUAGCAGUGAAGACGGCACAUGUGCCAUCACGGGUGACCCUGCUCGCCGUAACGGUGUUUGUAUGGACGAAUGCGCCGUUUCAAACCUUCAAGAAGCCCGGAUGAUGCUCCAGACUAUCGUGGGGACAGCGUUUUCGUGUCCAAGUGAGCCUCUUGCCAAAGCUUUUCAGUUGGUUAUUGCGAGGGAAUUGGGACUAUCGUUACGUCCUUUUGAGGCAUGUUGUGGAUUGUUGAAGUUUCUUUCUUUUCUUGAUCCUACGCUAAGAGUGGCGAAUGAGGAGAGAAUACAGGGUGAAAAGAUCGGUUACCUUUACUACUUGAAUGGUGUGCAGACGUCAGCAAGUUUGACAGAUGCGCUAUUUUCUUCUUCGGAGGCUACAGAUAGCAUACAGUGGUUUACGGCACCCUCUCCCGCGGCGGUACUUCCAAAUUUGACGCGGUCGUUGACUGGGAGUUUGCUGGAGGUGAUGGAGGAGUUGCAGCAAGCAACAGAUGGGAUAGCAGCAGCAGAGGCGUUGGCGACAACGUCCUUGUCGGCCAAUCCUACAAUGUCUGUGGCCAUACCGUCCUUCAGCCGCCGACGAGGCGGUGGCUGCUCGAACAAUCGGAUAAUCCGAAGCACUGGUGCGGAGAAGGAGCUGUUAAAUGCAGAGUGGGGGAAGGCGGGAUAUGCAUCGAGGCAAACAGUAUGGGAUGCAUUGUGUCGUUGUAGCCUUACUAUUCCAAAGUCCGUACUCAGUGACAGAUCUGACUUGUUGUACCGGAUAUUUUUCAAAAUGGGUGAAGUUCCACAGUACUACCAAAUUCUCUCUAUAUACCCAGAGGUUUUGCGGGCACAUCAUGCCACAUUUCAAUACAUAUUUUUUGAAGAAGGCCCGCUUCCUAUUUGCGAACGAUUGAUGAUAGCUUUGAUGGCAGCCAGUCGUCAAAAAUGUGAGUAUCUUUUUUCUCGCUUUGCCGCUCUCUUACUGCAUUUUGAGGAAAAGCAGCCAUCUAGUGAUGUGGUUGCGGAAAAUUGGCUAUUGCAAGGACCACCACCAAAGUUGCAGGCACUUCAACGUUUUAUAGCUAUUGCCACUCAUGUUCCAUGGCAAAUGAAACUGAAUGACAUCCGUGGUGCCAUGAACGCUGGAUGGAGCAUACCUGGUCUUAUACAGGCAUCCUGCAUCGUGGCAGAAACGCUCUCAUUAUGUAGUUUUGUCAUGGGACUUUUUGUGUCGAACGAUAUGUGGGUAUCAAUAACACUUCCAACCUCACUUUCUGCGGUUCUUUCUUCUUGUCCGGUACUUGGUGAAGUGAUUGAUCAUCAAAGCUGUGUGGAUUUUACGCGGUACACUGGCAUUGACAAUAUCGUGAGUGAGAAUCGUGUCAAGGGCUCAUCCAGCAACGUAUUUACGCUCUCCUGCGGGAAAUUUAACUGGCACGAACACGGCGGCACCCUUAUGGAGCAAUAUUAUCCAGGUGCUGCUACACUUAUUAACAAUGAACUUGACGCAUUCUCGGCGGUUGCCCGGAAGUUAACUCACCUGGAUUGCGUUGGCCUUACGACGCCGGAUUACUCUCCCUCGAAUGCAUUUUGGUUUUUGCGACUAUACGUUCAGAACAUCAUGGGACUUAUGCCGGAUGACUAUCCGUACAACAGUAUCAAUAAAGUUUUGCGACGCCCAGCCAAGUUGAUUGCUCAGAGCUGUACGAUGCGCCCCGAAACAUUGUCAAGCUCUCAAAUGCGUUUGUGGGUUCAGAUGAGUAGUGAUUCUGCUGCGGCGCCUGGUGAUUUGCAUUCCGCAAAAAAUUUUUCAACAGAGAAGCUCGAGGAACACCAACACCUGGAGGUGGACAUGACGGAACAGAAAAGGCAGCUUAUCGAGUCCCUUACCGCACAUAAAGCGCCGUUUACUUUAAGCAUGCCGGGAACUGAGGCCGGGCGCCGUCCCCAACCCCGGGAGGAUGUCUUGGAAGCAGCACUAGGUCUUCACGAAGAGCGGCUUAUAUUUCUUGUUGUGUUGGCCACAAUGGAGGCGCGGAAAGAGGGACUAUUCGCUCUCUUGUUGUAUCCGAUGUGGGGACUACUCAACAACAUGUAG